UCCAGUCGUCGCGAAAAAUAAUUUUCAAUUAAACCGACAGAGAUUCAUCUGUUCCAGCUGUAGCCGUUCGGCAUGGCGGCCGGCAAUAACCACCAGCAGCAGCAUCGGAUUCAUUCCGGGUCCGGUAUCACCGGACCUCGUCCAGCAGCUCAAGUGGAGACCAUCGUCAGCCACCUGGGCCGCUCUAAGCACUGCCACAUUUGCAUUUACUGCGGCAAAAUCUAUUCCCGCAAGUACGGCCUCACGAUCCACAUCCGGCCUCACGAUCCACAUCCGGACACACACAGGCCAUGCACAAGCCGCUCAAGUGCCCAGUAUGUUCCAGGUCGUUCGGAAACCCAAGUAAUCUCAACAAAUACAUCCGGCUGCACGCCGAACACCACGACCAGGUGCGAAUUAUGCGGAAAGGUGCUGGUCCAAAGACGUGAUUUAGAUCGUAACAUUCAGUCGAAACAUUCGUCCGGGGACUCGUCAAGCGUUCGUCAUCAGCAUCAGCCGAAUUCGGCAUAUUCGAUCGACUGUCCGUGUCCGUAUCCGUCCCCGUCGGUCCCGUUGAGUUCGACCCACAGCAGCGUCAGCAACAAUAACGGUGGCCGGGAAGAUGUCGUAGAUGAAGACCAGUUAUAUGUAGUUAACAUCUGUUACACAAAAAUUUUUCAUUGCGUGUUUAAAAACUUUGCUUUGUAUAAAAAUUUAUCAAUAAAAAAAUGCAAAAUCAAAAUACUCGAAAAUAUUCGAAUGGUUUCCGAGAUCCUUAAUAUUAAUAUGGCUGGAAGCCUGUGGAAGCUUAAAAUUAUAAAAUACGAUAUGCAAAUUACCGGAAUUAUCGAAUUAUUCCUGAUAUUCUUGAUUAAAGAAAUUCGCAAGUUCCACAGAAAAUUGUGUUUAUGGAUUUUGGAAGAAUUACAAUUUAGUAUUGGGACAUUUGGCAACGCCUAA